AUGGUCAUCGGACUAUUAACAAUAACGGCCAUUCCAACUGUCACUGCAAUUUCCCUCGGAUGCAGCGAACAACGCAAACAGAACCAACGACAAGAUGACGAACAGCGCAUGGCCAAGUUCUAUACAGAUGUUGAAUGUACAGAAGACAUCGAGGGGGCUAGCGAAAUUGACGGGAAAAGGGUUGUAUUAAGAGAUAAUAAAGUCUACAUUGACGAUCCCGAUCCCACGAAUCGCAAAGCCGAAGCCCACGCUGGGCAAGCAUUCUAUAUCGACUACCCAGAGCCGGAUCAUAUGAAAGACCUCAAGCGCGGACUAGGCCUUGUAUCAUCAAUACAGGAUACUCCGCCGAUGUUAAAUUGGAUAUAUGCGGAUAAAGAUACCUUAGAAUUGAAGUAUGGGAACAGGACGCAGAGCUGUGAACAUGUUCCCGGGCCGUGGGAUUGGAGAGAUGAGGAGACGACGGUAGUGUUGGAAAAGAGAAGAGGAUUUUUCGCCGUGAAGGAAGAGGAUGGAAGCUGGGCGGUUUACUUUGAUAGGCAUGGGGAUGAGUUACUGAGCGUUUUGGGUGACAAGGUCAUCGCGGUUCCCGUGCGGUUGAAACGAUCUUUGGUUGAGCCGGCUCAGCCUGAUAAUGAUAAGAAGGAAGGGUCAUAG